AUGUACGACUAUCACUAUAAUGUUAUGCAGAGGCAUUAUGGGGAUAGAAUCAAUCUCAUUUAUACUGACACAGAUUCAUUAGUGUAUCAUAUUGAUACUGAAGAUUUUUAUGUAGAUUUGGUGGCUAAUCGUAACUCGUUGGACCGGAUGGACACUGCUAACCUGCCCAGUGACCAUCCGUGUKAUGUGGCAGAUAGGAAGAAGAGUCCGGGAUUCUUUUCCGAUGAAGUCGAUGGCAAUGUGGUGACAGAGUUUUGUGCACUGCGUGCCAAAUCGUAUGCAUUCAAUGUAUAUGCUGGAGAGGGCAAUGUAGAGGGGAGAGAGAGAAUCAAAGCCAAGGGGAUCAGGUCUAAUGUGGUUAAGAACCAUAUGACUCUUGAAGAUCAUAGGAAGUGUUUGUUUGGUGAAGAGGGAGUAGAAUUACACAGGGCGAACGUGUCAAUACGGUCAUUCAACCACCAGCUUAUGACAAUAAAAACUAAUAAAUUAACAUACAACAGCUACGAUGACAAGAGGAUAGUAUUACAAGAUAAAAUACAUACAGUAGCACAUGGGCAUUAUAAUGAUCUUAAUUGGCCUGAGCUUGAAGAUGAGGUGGAUGAUGGUGAACAGAAAUGGAUCGAUGAGGAAAAAGAAAUGAUGAGAGAGCUACUGCGUCAUAUGGUAGAUUAA